AUGAGCAGACUUGGACAACCACUGAGCGAAAGCAAACAAGACGCGGUCGAGGAUGAGGAGCCGGCAGGAGGUAAAGCAGACGUUUUUGUCGAUUCGACCGCCAUUGUCACCGACGGACAGGUCAUACGCAUCUUCUCGGUCUUGCAAUCAAAGUCCCCAAAGCUGAUCAAGGCAUGGCUGUGGAUUCUUGGGACGGCAAUAUUUUGUGGCUGGACCGCCUCUUUCGCCUACGUCGUCUUCGUCAGCCCCAGCCCGGUCUGGCGGUUCUACGACUUUUCGCCCAGAAUCACGGUCGCCGUGGUCAACCUUGCCUCUCACGUCGCAGUAUAUCUGGCUGGCUGCAUGGUCCAAGCGACAUUUGACGCAGUUUGCUGGGCAGUGAUAUCUGGUCGAGAAGGUGCUCCACUCAGGACAUUUCUGGUCACGAAACAAGAUACGGGAAUAGAAGCUCUGGCUUCGCUGCUCUGGACAUAUGGAGGACACCAGCUGUGGGGCAUUUUCAGGUACCUUGCGGCAGAUAUAAAUCCCUGCAGAGCUUUUGAACGACCUGACAAUCCGGACAGGCUCGCUCUCAUGGCCGGCGGCUGGGUCAUCGGCCUGCCGCUUCUCAGCGGCAUAUCGUAUCGAGACGUCUUCUAUCCCAGUAGAACGGUCCCUGUGGUCGGUGGGAUCGCUCCUCUCCAUGAGUCAGUCGUCGCACUGGAGAAGGCCAGCUACGGUGGCCAACAGCCAACUUUCCAAGAAGCAAGCAUAAACACCAUGCUCAUCAGCUCGACCAACAGCAUCCUCACCGACCCCAAGUUCGUUGCCAGCGUGGCUCCGAUAUCUCCACAUUGCCAGGGGACUGAUUGCAAGUCCUUGUUCCUGCCCGGCGGCUUAGAACUUGUCCUCAAGGCGGACGGGACGUCUCUGUUUGACGGGAAACAGCCGGACGACCCCGUCAUCAUUGUCCAUGACGCUCCAGGUUACCAAAUAGAAUUCUCGUCCCAGGACUACACCUUCAAUACCUCUGUGGACUGUCAAGUUUACGGCCUGCCCGUCUCAGCCCUUUAUGCAUGUGUAGCAGGUCGUAACAACACGAUAUUCAGUGGCUUCGCAACCUGUCCUUUCGACUUGAUGAGCGCCGGCUCUUGUCAAUCGGACGUGUCGUGGACAGAGCACCUGCAGGCCUCGGCCGCCAUGAACAUCUAUCAACGAACAUCGACGGUCGCCUACGAUCGCUCCAACUUUUCGAUCUUGAGCAUCGAAUCCCUGGGCCCCGCGAAGGCUGCUAGUGACGAAGACUCGGUGGCCGACUUGCAAAAGCUCUUCGCGAUCAUGUAUCCUCAGUUGACCACCAUCCUCGAGGACAUUGAGACGUCCCUGGUAAAAUUUGACUCGGGCCAAGCGUGGACAGACCUCGCCUACCUGGCCUCGGUGUACUGCAUCCAGGCCGAGAUCACCGCGGCCGAGCUGUUUCUCAACAACGGCUAUCCAAGCUGGAUCAACGGUCAGCGGGACAUCUUGGAGGGCUUCCUGACGAUCCCCGUCCAGUUCGGGACGCUCCUGCUGCAGCAGAUCGACAAGUCGGUCCUCCUUAGCGACCUGACCACCACGGCGUCCUUCGCCCGCGUGUCCUUCCGCGUAAGGUCGGAGCCCUGGACCAUCAUCAUGUUCGCCUCGGUCGUCUCUGGCCUUGUGGUCAGUGCUGUCCUGUGCCUGCUGUACGCUCACUGGGCGGCACGGCGAAAGCCCGCGCCUGAGCUCUCCCCGACGAUUCGCACCGCCUUCAGGAACGGAAACCCCUUCGACGCGCCGGCCAUAGACAUUUGGCAAUCACUGAGCGGCCUCUUCGGCUGUACUCGGAGGAAGUACUCCUCUGCGCUUCAAGACACAGCGUGCGCCCGGGACACUCGUGUCGUUGCACGGAAGAUAACUGGUGAUAUUCUGAUCGCUGUUGAUCGAGAACAAGUUGGAAAGCCGCGCGAGCGCAGAGCCGCCCUGACUCCCACCACCACAAAAGCCCUCAUUACUGCAGGAUACCAGGUUAAUGUUGAGCGGAGCCCUCAAAGAAUCUUCGAUGACGAGGAAUAUGAGAAGGUUGGAGCCACAUUAAUACCAGAGAAUACUUGGCGUGAUGCCCCAAAGGACCACAUCAUCAUUGGUCUCAAGGAGCUACCAGUCGAGACAUUCCCCCUUGAGCAUGUACAUGUCCAAUUCGCCCACUGUUAUAAGCAACAGGCGGGAUGGGAAAAGGUUCUUGCCAGAUUUGUCCGAGGAAAUGGUGUGCUCUUGGACCUCGAAUUUUUGACCGACUCGAGCGGAAGGAGAGUAGCAGCAUUUGGGUAUCACGCUGGGUUUUCUGGUGCAGCUUUAGCAGUCAUGAACUGGGCAUGGCAAAUCAACCAUCAGGACCGGCCACUUCCAUCUGUGUCAUCAUAUCCCAACGUCGAUGCCUUGAUUACCGACGUCAAGAAGGCUCUCGCACAAGGAGCUGAGAAGACCGGCAAGGCACCAAGAGUGCUUAUCAUUGGAGCUUUAGGGCGUUGUGGCAGUGGUGCAGUUGACCUAUGCUCGAAAGCUGGUGUCCCAACUGAGAACGUCCUUCGGUGGGAUAUGGCAGAGACAGCAAAGGGUGGCCCCUUUCCAGAGAUCGUUGAGAGCGACAUCUUCAUCAACUGCAUUUACCUCAACAAGAAGAUCCCCAACUUUGUCGAUAUGCCAUCGCUCGAUACACCGAGUCGCAAGCUGUCUGUCGUCUGUGACGUGUCCGCAGACACCACAAAUCCAAAUAACCCGAUCCCUAUCUACACAGUCGCAACCACAUUCGAUAAACCCACUGUUUCUGUCGAGGUCAAGGGCGAGCCGGUGCUUAGCGUUAUUAGCAUUGAUCAUUUGCCAAGUUUGUUGCCCAGAGAGGCAAGUGAGGCCUUCAGCAAUGAUCUGUUGCCCCAUUUAUUGGAGCUCAAGAAUUGGAAAAGUAAUCCUGUGUGGGCCCGCGCAGAGAACCUGAUGCAAGAGAAGGCUUCCACUUUACCAAAGAGCGAGUUAUAG